AUGUCACAUUCCAGCCAUUAUUCCCCGGUAGACUCGGGGAUGGUUCCCUCCAGCUCUUCAACCGAAGAUCAUUUGUCCCCGACGCUGUCUGCAUCGAUUGUUCUCCCAGCGCAACUGAAUCCUUUCGCAAAGGCAUAUGACAUCCCUCCAUCAAGCAUCGUCCAGUUGGGUUGGGCGUUGCUCUUGCGGUGCCAUCUGGCAAUCCCCUCGCCAUGCUGGAGCACCAUUGAUGACAAAACAAUGCCUAGAGGAAGUGACACUCAUGCUCUACAGUGGGAGUCUCUCCAUCUGGAGGAGGGUCGCUCUAUCAGCUGGAUACUCCAGCGAUGGGAAGACCCAUCAGUCCAUUGGUAUCUGUCUUCCGAUCAGCUCCCAGGUAGUAAAUCCCCCACUCUCACAACCAUGCUAUUCUUGGUGAAGGAAUAUGGUUUGUUUGACCCAGUCACGCCGAUUGACCCCGGGAUGGGAACGAUAAUAUAUUUUUACCCUUCGGAUGAACAGCCCCGGCUUCAUAUCUCCUGGAAUCCAGAUGUGGUCUCGAGUGGUCACGCAUUCCAUUUGACUCGAUCUCUAGAACACGCACUCCAGACCAUCUUCUUAGCCCCCAGUGUGGACAUUCGCGACGUCAAUCUCUUCGGUAUUUGGGAUCACCAGCAGCUCCUCCAAUGGAACUCGUAUUGCCCGGAUCCUGUUGAUCGCCUUGUGCAAGAAAUGUUCCAGGACGUGGUCGCUGCUACCCCAGAAGCCUCCGCAGUGGCCGCCUGGGACGGUGAACUUAAUUACCGGGAACUUGAUCGCCUUUCGUCCCGACUGGCUGGAGUGCUACAAAGUGAUUUUGGUGUGGUGUCAGAGACCAUUGUCGCCCUCUGCUUUGAGAAGUCCGUCUGGGCGAUUGUGGCCAUGCUGGCCGUAGUCAAAGCCGGAGGAGCUUUCCUGCAUAUUGACCCCCAGCAUCCUCCGGCUCGGCACCAAGCUAUGAUCAAAAGCACCGCUUCUAAGUUAUUCCUAUGUUCGGAGCAGACACGCGAUACAGUGGUGAGAUCCGUCCCCGACUGCCCGUCUCUGGUGAUACACCGUGAAAUGUUCGCGGCUCAGCCGGAUCAUGCGCAGCAGGACACCGUGAUCUCUUCCGGGAAUCUAGGUCCCACAAAUGCGGCCUAUGUUGUUUGCACAUCGGGCAGCACUGGGACACCGAAGGCCAUUGUCGUCGAGCAUGUUUCGCUUUGUAGCAGUGUGACGGCCCAGGCCAAAGCAAUGGAUAUUACGGCUGGAUCACGCGUGCUACAAUAUGCAGCAUAUACAUUUGAUGUCAGCAUCGGCGACAUCUUCGCAGCCUUGACUCACGGCGCAUGUAUCUGCAUUCCUUCGAACUGGGAAAGAGCGCAUGAUUUAUCCGGUGCUAUCAAUCGCCUGGGUGUCAAUCAAGCAUGUCUAACCUCGACUGUCGCUAGUCUUCUCACCCCAGUGGAGGUCCCAAAACUGAAGAAACUUACGCUGGGAGGUGAGCCCGCCACGCAGCAGUGUAUCAAUAUGUGGGUCGACAAGGUAGCACUGAAGAAUAUCUACGGGCCUGCGGAAUGUACAGUAUGGUGCAUAAUCCAGCCUGACGUCUCUUCUGGUAUUGCCGUAUCUAACAUCGGUCAUGCCAUUGGUGCGCGGGCCUGGAUCGUCCAUCCUGAGAACCACGACCGGCUUAUGCCUAUUGGAGCUGUGGGGGAGCUACUGAUCGAAGGGCCACUGGUCGCAAGAGGAUAUCUAAAUGAUCCCGUGAGGACAAACGCGGUCUUCCUUGCGCAGCCUCCCAUAUGGCUGGCGUCUUUUGGCCCUCCGCCCCCUCGCAGUCGAUUCUAUAAAACAGGGGAUCUGGCACGCUAUGGACCUGGCGGGGCAUUGCUUUUUGAAGGUCGCAAGGAUACGCAAGUCAAACUUCGAGGCCAACGUAUCGAGCUGGGUGAGGUUGAGUAUCGCCUCCAUCAGGCCCUGUCUGAUUUAUCACCUUCGGCGGCCGUUGAGUUGGUGCAUCCCAAAGAAUCAACAGCGCCGCUCCUGUGUGCAUUCAUCACCUGGGAUGAGGGAAUCGAUCUUGAUCUCCAACCGGCAAAACCACCUCUCUCAGCUUGCUUAACACCCAACGCACGAAAGCGCUUCAACCAUACGGUCUCACUUUUGCAGACCGAGAUGGAGCGCACACUCCCUGCAUACAUGAUACCGGGACUAUGUAUCCCGGUUCAUAAGCUUCCUUUGACCACUUCUGGAAAACUGGAUCGCAAGGCACUGCGAUAUUUCUGUACCCAGCACUCCCUCGCCUUUUUAUCUACUUUUGAAAAUAACAACGUAAACUCUCCUACAGAUGGUGCCACUGAUUCAUUUGCUGCUCCACUUGAGACUGUCAGCCCGGCUGAGUCAACCCUGGCUCAACUAUGGGCACAGGUCUUGGGAAGGAAAACCGACAGCAUCGGUCGGAAGGAUAACUUCCUCUCCCUGGGAGGUGACUCACUGGCAGCAAUGAGGCUGGUAAAUCGGGCAGCAAGAGAUGCUCAACUCACCCUCACCGUUGCGGAUGUCUUCAAGUGUCCGGUUCUAGCUGAUCAAGCAAGCCUUGUCCGACCACUUGUCCAGACAAGGAACCUAGUGCCAUUUGAGUUGAUGGCCCCCGGGGACCUCCAGAUCGAAGACUUGGUCGCGUACGUGGCGGAGAAAUGUGGAGUACUCCACGACCAGGUAGAAGAUAUCUAUCCUUGUACCCCACUGCAGGACGAGAUGAUGCGUGAUUCGCUGUCUGGGGAUCGAACGCAGAUGGGCCAGGAGGUGAUCUUACUUGCUGAAGAUUUGGAUAUCCCUCGCUAUCUGAGUGCAUGUGCUCGAGUGUUUCAACGCUUUCCCAUUCUGCGCACUCGGUUUGUCCAGCAUUCAGACAGGCUCAUUCAAGUUGUCAUACGAGAAAAUCUCGGCUGGCAGCGACCGGAAUCACUCACAGAAUAUGUGGAAGCCGAUGCCAAGGAGGCACCGGCCCUGAACAAACCGUUGACACGAUGGGCAUUGACCUCAGAUAGCACUCACUGCAUCUUGACAAUGCAUCAUUCAAUAUUCGAUGGUAUAUCAUUGGGCCAUAUUUUGGGGGCAAUAUACGCUGUAUACCAGUCUAUCCCGCUGCCACCAGAUUCGGUAUCCUUUGCGGCAUUUCUUGCCCAAAUAAACGAGCAUACUUCCGGUCUUUCGGAUGAUUCUAAGCAAUUCUGGCGGUCCUAUCUGCGCCCCAGCCCGGGCUCUGGAGACCUUCCUCUUCCGAUCGUAGAUUCUACAUACCGACCAUGCGCCAACCGUGGAACGCAGCGUCUGGUAACAUUUCAGUCUGGUGUAGUACCAGCCUUGCAGCAGCACGGACUGACCGAAGCGACUCUCAUCCGCGGGGCUUGGGCAUGUACACUGGCACAACUCCAGACAAGCAGCUCCACCCCCUCGGACGUUGUCUUUGGUACGAUUUUGACAGGUCGCAAUCUCCAUCUUCCAGGUGUUGACGCGUUGGUCGCACCUACCUUGACCCAUGCGCCGAUCCGCAUACGCAUGUCUGCUGCAUCGAAUGAGAAACCCGCUUCCUUCCUCGCCCGUGUCCAGGCCGACGCGACAGCGAUGAUUCCUUUCGAGCAUGAUGGGAUGGACCGCAUCCGCGCUAUCGAUGCCCAGGUCCGAGCAGUAUGCGACCAGAUGCAGACCUUGCUCGUGAUUCAGCCGAUUCCAGAAGGGCUGACUUCGGCUUCAACAUCCCCCUUCCCCGGUCCGAUUCUUUCAGGCCCGCGCGUGGAAGCCCGGGAAAUGCGGCAUUUCCAUUGGUAUGGCCUGCUCGUGGAAUGCACGCUGCUGCCGACGAACGGAUUCUUUGUCCGGAUGUGUUAUGACGAUAAACUAUUCUCGUCUGAGGACGUAGAGAGACUGUUGGAUGACUAUUCGCAAGCACUGCACGAGUUGGGUGGCGGGUUGACUGAGGGAGAAGAAGUACACCUUCCAACUGAACGAAAGUUGGAUACUUUGACGCUUCCGGGUCUAGUUGCGCCUAGUGGAGCGGAAGACAUGGUUUGA